AUGGUACACGAAAAUCGUCGCCACCGAAGCGCGGGCUCGGCCCGUAAAAGUAGCUUCACCACCAGCCUGAGACGCCAUAGCAGCGGGAGUUUUCUUUCAAGGGUCUUAGGGAGUUUUCGACAUAAGCAUCAUGAGGAGAAAGGGAAGAAGACGUCAGCGCAAGAAAAGGAGGAGCGACAGGAUUGGAUGGCCAACUACAAAGGCACACAUCACCCCGACCGGCCGCGUGUCGACAAGCGUACCCAGGAGAUGGUAUCCGAUGAAGAGUACGCCGCGCGGCUCGGCUGGAUACGGAAGAGGAGCGAUCACAAUGGGCCGUCGCAGAGCCCCGUGCCUAAUUUCAGUUAUUCGUCGACGAGCCCGAGGAGCAAUAGGAUGAGCUCCGUGUCCCCGACGUUCACUACUAAGACGGGCAAACCAUUUGGCGACUGGGUACCAUCCCGGGGGAACACUACUACGGACCCGGUCCUGGUCUCUCCAGUAUUGCCUGGCGUUGGGGCAAUACGAACAUACAACGCAGGUGCCUUAGAUCGAGGCCCUAUCAUCCGGUAUAGCGAGGGGCCCGAGAAACGAGGACAUCCGCCGCCAAGGAAGAUAUCAGCCUCUAGUCACCCUUCCAAGAGGCGUGGCUCACGGGGUUCGAUGCUCGGGGGGAAGAGAACUGCGGCUGAUAUCGAGAUAACCAAUCUACCGGACCGCGAGCCCAGGACGACGAUAUACGACGCCUCUCUUACCAGCGAGCACGCACCCGGCCUCAUCCUAAACUCUUCACCGAUUUCACCCUCAGCACAAACAUGUCCCUGGCGCGGCUGCCACGCCGUUCUUAUCACGGCGCAAGAGAAAGAGGACAACCUCUGCAAUAGAUGCCGCGAGGCCCUAUUCCCCCGAGAAAGCGCAUUCUUCGGCCCAUAUCCGCCCGUCAUCCAGGACGCCCAUCUCGAAACGCUCCAAGCUCUCACCGGCUCUGUUACCACUACCAACAUCGAGCACACCCAAGCCCAGACCAUCCGCAGACGACCCACCGGCCUCGACAAGCGGUCUAGCGCCGGGGGCUUUAAGCUACUCCCGGCGCCGCGGGGGAAGAGGCGAGAUAUCGUCGAAGCGCAGAGGAAGGCUAGUAAUGAUAAUGAUGUUGACGAUGAUGACGAUGACGACGACGACGAUGAGGAUGAAGAUAGUAGUAAUAGCAGCGAGAAGGAGAGCGGGAACCAAUCCGACGAGUCGGCCUGGAGUACUUUCUCACCAUACAACAAGCAACGCACCAGUCCCAGAAUCCAAGACGCCGGCCCGUUUUCCCCUCUUCACGAGGGGAUUUUCGGAACCAGUCCCCGGUCCGCAGGCAUUCGAUUUAGCAGGGGAGACGGUAGUCGCACGUACGGGAAGCAAGAAGACGUAUCAGCAGAAGCAGAAGCAGAACCCCUUUCCCCACAUACCAAGGCCCCCAGCGACAAAUCCUGGACGACGGACAUGCAUUCCACCUCGAGCGACAGCGACGAGCCGCUGUCCCCGUACUCGGAUCCCGACAUGGAAAUAGUGCAGGACCUGUACCCGCCCCCGCUCAUCGCCCGCAUCCAGAGCACCGGCGCCGGCGACCGCGCCCUCCAGCAGCGCCGGCCGAGCAAUGUUUAUCGCUGUAGGGAUACCUUGCUGUAUAGGGAGAUCGAGGAUAUAAUCGAUUGCUAUGCGUACCCUGAUGAGACGAAGACGAAGACGGGAACGGGGAUGGGGAUGGGGAUGGAUAUAGCGGAGCAGGGGCAGAGGCAGGAGAAGGAGAAGGAGAAGGAGAAGGAUCAGGAGAAGGACCGCCAAAGGGCUGAUACAGUUACGUCGUCGUACUUUGCGGACGAGCCGGAGGCGGCGCAGAUGAGGAGGAGGGGGUUUAUCUAA